CCCGGGGGCAGCAUGGGCAGUGUCAGCAGCCUCAUCUCCGGCCACAGCUUCCACAGCAAGCACUGCCGAGCCUCCCAGCACAAGCUCCGCAAGUCCUCCCACCUCAAGAAGCUCAACAGGUACUCGGACGGGCUGCUCCGCUUCGGCUUCUCCCAGGACUCCAGCCACAAAUCCAGCUCCAAAAGCAGCAAGAAUGAGGAUUUCUUCUACAUCAAGGUCAGCCAGAAAUCCCACGGCCCCCACCGAGCAGACUACACCUCCCUGGCCGGCGGGGAGCUGGGCAGCCAGGCUGGCACCAGCAGCCUGGACUUCGGGACGCCCACCCCGCAGAAGCUGAUGCCCUUUCCCAGUCAGCUGGAAGUGGGCAUGGAGAAGCCAGCUGCACGACCCACCGCCUUCAAGCCGGUGCUGCCCCGCUCCGGCACCGUCCUGCACUCCUCCCCGGAGAACGGGGGUCACCUCUCCCAGCAGCUGCACCACCCAGACAAAGCCAAGGAGCAGGAGCUGAGGCCGGUGCUGUGCUCGGGGGGUCUGUCUGACUCUGGCAGGAACUCCAUGUCCAGCCUCCCCACCCACAGCACCAGCAGCAGCUACCAGCUCGAGCCCCUGGUCACCCCCAUGGGGCCCAUCAGCCGCUUCGGGGGCUCAGCCCACAACAUCUUGCAGUGUGCCAUCAUCCAGGACAGCAACAUGAUGAGCCUCAAGGCCAUGUCCUUCUCCGACGGGGGCAACAAGAUCCUCAACCCUGGCAAAGCCUCCCACCACCACCACGCUGCUGAGAAGACAACCUGCAUCCGCUCGCCCAUCUCCACGGAUGAGUCCACCAUCCAGGAGCUGGAGCAGAAGCUGCUGGAGAGGGAGGGAGAGCUGCAGGAGCUUCAGUCGAGCUUCGAGGAGAAGGAAGUCAGCUCCUGCCAGGCUUAUGAGGAGAAGCAGCGACGCUGCAAGGAGGAGCUGGAGGGUCUCAAGCAGAAGUGCAACAGCAAGCUCAAGCAAACCUCGCAGAAAUCCCAGAGGACGCAGCAGGUCCUUCACCUCCAGGUAUUCCAGCUGCAGCAGGAGAAGAAGCAGCUCCGGGAGGAGCUGGAGAACCUCAUGAAAGAACAAAACCUGCUGGAGACCAAGCUGAGGUCCUACGAGAAGGAGAAGACCAGCUUUGCCCCAGCACUGGAGGAGACCCAGUGGGAGGUGUGCCAGAAGUCGGGGGAGAUCUCCCUCCUGAAACAGCAGCUGAAGGAGUCCCAGACAGAGCUCAACACCAAGACCACUGAGAUCCUCAGCCUGAAGGCUCAGCUGAAGGAGGUGAGGCUGAAAAUGGAAGGGCUGGAGAUGAAGACCCAGGACCUGGAAGGCUCCCUGCGCACCAAAGCCAUGGAGCUAGAGGUGUGUGAGAACGAGCUGCAGCGCAAGAAGAACGAGUCCGAGCUGCUGAGGGAGAAGGUGAACCUGCUGGAGCAGGAGAUCGUGGACCUGAGGACAGAGCUUGCUGUCCUCAAGCAGCAGCUGAGCGAGGCCCAGGAGGUGCCCAGGCCCUGCCCUGGGCUGGAUGAACCUCAGGCCCUGCAGGGAGAGAUGGAGAGGCUGAGGGCAGAGCUGAAGGCUGAGCGGGACAACAACGAGCAGAUGACCUGCAGCUUCCAGCACGAGCGGCAGACCUGGAAGGAGGAGAAGGAGAAGGUGAUCCACUACCAGAAGCAGCUGCAGCAGAGCUACCUGCACAUGUACAAGAGGAACCAGAACCUGGAGAAGAUGCUCCAGCAGCUCGCUGCAGGGGAAGAUGGCAAGGAGCCCAUCGAGCUGGACAUCCCUGGGGCCGAUGUUCCCUACGAGGACAUCAUUGCCACUGAGAUCUGAGCCAGGUCUGCCGGGUCUCCCUUCUCCUCCUUGCAGAGCGGGUGUCUCUCCCAGGUGGGAAGCUCUGCCCUGCUUGUACCGUUGGGAUGAGCCAUGUAUUUAUUAGUGGAGCUGGUGGCCUGGCCAGCCCACCAGCCCUGCUCCCCUCCCCGUGGUGAUGCCCCCCACUGCCUGUCGUGUUACAGAGGUGACCAAGCAACUUGUGCCAAUGGUGACGUGCCAGCAGCUCCCCCGUGUCCCCGCUGCCACCACAGCAGUGUCCCCCCUGCCCCCUUCCAGGACUGGGAAGCCGGCGACGGGGCGGCCAGGGGACAGGACUGCAGGAAAUGCUUUCCUGUUGGGUAACCAGAUGAUGCAGAAUUCCCAGGGGAUGCUCUGCUCCAGGCCCAGAGGGACCCUGUGACAGCACGGCUCUGGGGACAGGGACAUCACAACCCUGCCCACCGGCUUUCAGAGGAAUUGGCCACGGCACAUUUCCAGCCCUGCUCCCUGCCUGCAGCCUGGAGGAAGCUCCUGCCCUCACUCCUUCUGAGCCUUCCUGCCCAUCUCCGAGGUGCUGCAGGACCAAGGAGCCACCUCCUGCCGCCAGCACAGCCUGUGCAUCCACCUCUCCCACCCUUGGGCUGCCACAGUGCCUCAGGAAGGGACACCAGACACACACACCCCCCCCCUCGGGGCAGCCAACACCCACCACAACCACCUUGCACCAAGGAGCACAGCCCACCUGCACCUACUCCUCGGCACAUCCCUCCUCCCCAGCCUGCACAGCCACAGCUCAGCAUUCCCUGGUGGACAAGGACUCCGUGUCCCUUUUCUCCAGCUGCCAGGUGGGCAACUGGAUUUAAGAACCAAGAGAAACUCCCAAGCCACAAUCAGACCCGAGGGAUCCGAGGGGAGAGGGGUGGUGUUUGUCCCCUGAGCCCACGUGCUCUCCCUUCCUGCCACUGUCCCUCUGCCUUAUCUCCUCCCGUGCCCUGAUCUCCACUGGAUCCUGGCAACAGGAGAUGGUUUAAAAAAAAAAAACCCCACACCACCAAACACCACCACCAAACCAACCACUUUUCUUUGGGUUGCUACCCCAGCUCUUAAAAUUCCCUCCUGCCACCAGCAAGCAGAUAACAAGGCUCCACCACACGUCACCAGUGGUGACUCCCCUGUCCCCCCACGGCUCAAGACAGGGUGGGAGGUGGGACCAGCCAGCAUCCAGCUUGCCAGGGUGGAGGUCUCCAGCCAGGACCACUCUGUGCCAGUGCAGUGGUAUUUUUUUACUGCAGUAUCUUUGUUUACCCACUCAUGAGCUGGGUGCCAGCCUGGGAAGUCCCAUCCCUGGGUCCUGUUGGGGUGUUGCACAAUCCCUGGCCACAAGUUGGGCCAGGGGCUGGAAGCUGUACCCAAGCCACACAACAACUCAGCAUCCUGCUCCCUGCUCCAGCCAGCCUGGAAAGGCAGCACAUGGAAACCAGUCUGUGCCUUCCCCACCUGCCCCUCACCUCCCACAGGCAGCACAAACCAACCCUCAGCCAUCACCCACUGGAGAAAAACCAACCACAGAUCCCAGUUCCAGCCCUGAAGCUGCAGGUCGGGGCCGUGCUGGGUCAGCUAGGGCUGGCCUGGACCUGCUGAAGGAUGUUUGGGAGAGCAGAGCAGGAGAUGAAGGAUUCCACCUGGCUCUGCUCCAGCUGGUGAGGCCAGAAGGGAUUUUCUGCAUCAUGCAAGCCCUGGCCCCGCUCCACGCAGCAGCCAGAACGUGGCCACCAGGAGCUUCCCAGUGCCCCACACGCUCAGGGUGCCGAGGGGAGCAGAACCCUCCUGGUUUCCCCAUCCCACAGCCCCCCAGCAGCCUGUCCAGCCCUGUUCCUGCUCCCGGUGGCACCGUCCCCAGCCCCGUGUCCUGCCCAGCCCGCGCUGUGUGACGUGACCUCCCGGAGGCCCCGACCUGCUGCCUUUGCACAACGUGUGAGUGUGAGUGUGUGUGUGUGUGUGUGUGACCACCUGCCCCGCAGGUCUGUGGCCCCUGGCGUGAGCCCUGGCCCUCCUGCCCUCCCUGCAGCCAGCCAGGCUCAGCCUGUACAUAGAAUUAUUAUUAUUAUAUUUUCUGCAGGUUUUUUUGGGGGUUUUUUGGAUGUUAUUUCUGGUGACUGAUGUAAACUACUGGUAAUUUUAUGGUUUUAUUUAUAAAUAAAUUUUUUAAAACUUA